UCAACCUAGUAUUAAUCAUACGUUAAAUUACCGAAGGAUAAUUAUCAAUUACAUGUGAGGAUCCCAAAGUUGUCCAAUCAUAAUAAGUACACUUACACAUUUGUAUGUUUCAUUACAAUAUACAAUCAGAGUCAUUAAGAAGAACUGAAUUGAGCAAUAUGGCAGGAAGUAGCAUUAAGGUUCUUGGUACACGUCCAAGUCCAUUUGUGAAUCGAGUUGAAAUAGCCCUCAACAUUAAAUCUGUGGAUUAUGAGUUCAUUACAGAGGAUAUUUUCAAUAAAAGUGAGCUUCUCCUUAACUCAAAUCCUGCUCAUAAGAAAAUCCCAGUUCUAAUCCAUGGUAAUAAGCCUAUUUGUGAGUCCCUUGUAAUUGUCCAAUAUAUUGAUGAGACAUGGACUAAUGGCCCAUCCAUUCUCCCUUCUGAUCCCCAUGACCGUGCCAUUGCUAGAUUUUGGGCUACCUAUGUAGAAAACAAGUGGUUCCCUUUUAUGUUGGAAGUGAGAGAGGCAGUAGGAAAGGAUGAAAAGGAAGCAGCAUUACAGAAAAUCGUAGAAGGGUUGUGCCUAUUAGAAGAGGCAUUUGUCAAGUGUAGCAAAGGGAAAGAUUUCUUUGGUGGAGACAAUAUUGGUUAUAUUGACAUUACUUUGGGCUGCUUCUUAGGGUGGAUAAGGGCAAUGGAGAUGAUGUUGGGCCUCAAUUUAAUAUAUGAAGCCCAAACACCAGGAUUGGCUGGUUGGGCUGAGAGGUUCUUGUCAGAGAAAGUUGUCAAGGAUGUCAUUUUGAGUCCAGACAAACUUGUUGAGAUUUAUAGCUUACUGCAGGCCCAAAAACAAGGUGCUAGUGCAAACUAGCUAGAGCAUUAUGUUACUAGCAAUGGUGGAUCCAGAAUUUAAUGUCAUAGUUUUUUAAUUGAAAGAGUGGAUUCCGAAAUGUAUCUGUAACUCUAUUUAGUACUUAGCUUUUCGCUCCUGCACACGUAACUUGAAGCGGUAGUGGGUUAUGCCAAAUGAUGAAUCAGAUGUUGGAUCCACUGAGAAAAUAAGGAUUAUAUAUCUAAAAAUAUUACCUUCGCUAUAAGUGACCUAUGUAUACAUAGGACAUACUUCUUAUGUCUUAAUUUAUGUGUCGUACUUUCCUUUUUAAUUUAUCUACAAGAUAUUAUCAUACUUUUUUAUUUAGAAACUUAAAAUUUACAUUAUAGAUUUUGAGUGAUGAUGAAAACUGAAUGUCAUAUUGAAUAUCAAGAGGAGUUUAAAUGCUAAGUUUUCUGAAGAAUACUAAUUGUACUGGGAAACUUGUUCAAAUCAAAACACUACUAAUACUAAGAGAUGACUAUAGACUAACAUGUAACAUAUUACGCUAGAUAUCUAUCUAAAUCAAAGGAUAAGCGCAAGAGA